AUGAUUGAAGAAGCUCCAGAUCCCAAGGAAGUGUCGAAUUUUUACUUCAAGCAGUUGAAAACUCUCAAAUUAGCAAAAGUGAAUGAAGUUGUGCCCCAAGAAUGUGUCAAUAUUAUAGCUGCAUCCAGCAAGUAUGGACUGCUCUUUGUUGGAAUUCAAAAUGGAUUUAAAAUUUUAAAGUUUGAAAAUAUUUUGGAUGUGGAUGAAGAUAAAGAAAAUCGACGCAUAGAAGAGAACUACUUCAGCUAUGUCGUGCCAUCUCAAACUCCAUCGUUAUUGGCUCUUAGUUCAGAUGAAAAAACUCUGGCAGUGCUUGUAUCUAACAACCUGUCACUUGUAGCUAACAUGUAUGACAUCGCAGCAUUUGCUGAUUUGGAUGAGACUCCAGAGCCUUUUUUGCAAGUUCCUCUAUCUACUAGUUCUGGAGCAACAUUAAAAGAAUUCAUCUGGAAUCCAGCAAUUGAUAGCAUAUAUGCUUAUUGUUUAAGUGAUGGUAGUCUACAUGUUCAUGAAUUAGAUGGAAUAAAUUUGAAAGUUGUUGCAAGCUUACCCCAAGCUAUUGCGACUGCAGCUUGUUGGAGUCCCAAAGGAAAGCAACUAGUUGUUGGAAAAGCUGAUGGAACAUUUUGUCAAUAUAAACCAACCCUACAGGAAGUUAAGUCCAUACCAGCUCCUAAACUUGAUGACAAUCCACUAUCUGUGGUGAGCAUCUGUUGGAUAUCUACAACUCUGUUUGCUGUCGCAUAUGUUCCUCAAGGAGAUUGUGCUGCCCCGAAUCUAGUUAUGGUUUCCACUCCUAAAGGAAUGCCAGUUGUCUUCACUAACUUUUAUGAUGUUUGUUUUGGAAGUGGAUCCAAGGUUCAGAGAUAUUUCCUUCAUUACGAGGCGGCAUGGGGAAUUUUGCUUUGUGGAUCAACAGAUUCCAUUGACAUUGCAGUUAUUGGUGAUCCACCAAACUGGGUGCCCUGGGAUUUGAAAGAAGAUGGGAAGGCGAUUUUACCUGGAAAAGAUGGUGCUUCUCAUGCUAUUGGAAUGGGAGUUAUGUACUGCUCCCAGAGGAGAAUAGUUAUAAGUGACACUGAGUUUUAUGGACCAAUGCCUGUAGUUUUCGUUUUGACUGACAAUGGCUUGCUUGUUUCAUAUCAUAUGAUCAAUACUGCAACUGAUGCUAUUAGUUUGGUUCGCCCUUCAACUCCAAUUGAAACAGAUGGAGAAAGGAAGAGAAUAGCUGCUGAUGGACCAAGUGAACCUUCUGUUGGAUUUUCCUCAUUUCAAAGCAUUCCUGCUGUACCUUCUGCUACAUUCAGUGCUAGCUCUUUUAUGCCACAGCAGCCUUCUGUAAGCAUUAUUCCAAGCGGAGAAGGAGAAAAAGUGCAUAAGGCUGCUAAAGGAAUGACUUCAAAUUCAUACAGUAUCCCUAAUAAAGAUGAAACUUCUGGAAUUAGACAGAUGGCCGUUGCACAGAGAACUACAGCUUUAAAGGAAAAAGAGGAAAACAUUAGCCAUAAUACAUAUAUUGCUGCAAUUGUUGAGGAGAUGCAAAAUUUUGAGAAGGAGCUCCAGGAUUUGAAACAAUCUACCUCACAAACGUUUAAUAUUGGUUCUAAAGAAGAAAUGGCGAAUUUAAAAUCACACACUUUAAAUCUUCAAGACUUUCAAAAUGAUAUGACAGAAACAAUGAAGUCUUUGAAUAAUGACAUUCACUCACUGAAAAAUGUUCUCCUGGAGACCUUUGUCAUGGUGGAAGAAGCUCACUCUCGAGAGAAACGGAAAACUGAUCAUUUGUACAUAUCUAUGCUUAAAGAAAGAGCCCUGGAUCCUAUGACUGCUAAGCAAAUGCAAAAGAUUGAUCAGCAUUAUCACUACAUGAGCUCUCAAUUGCAGGAAGUCAAUGACAGAUUGGAUCAGGAUUGGAGUGAGAUGCAACAGCUGAAAAAACAAAAUCUCAGAGCUGUACGCCAUGUCUCUUCUGCUGAAGCUAUUUACAAGACAAUUGUGAACAACCAAAAUGUAAUUCAUAAUUUAAGGAAAAAAACUGAUUAUAUUUCAAAUAAAAUGGCUGCAAAAAAGAUGGAUAAUGUAUCAAAGAAGCAAAAUUGGUCAAGAUAUAGUAAGCGAUCUGGGCAGGAUGACCUCUCUAAAUUAGCAGAUGCAUUUCUGCAAGCUAAAAUCACAAACCCUGAAGAGGAAGAACGUCCAGUUACAAAAACAAUUUCUCCACAAGACCAGGAUCUUCUUAAAUCAUUCCUUGCUAAAUGCCAUGUUUCAACUGUUAGACCUACUGUUGUGUAUUCUCCUUCUCAAUCCAGGCUGAUUUCGAAGUCUUCUAUUAAUGCACCAAACACAUCUGGAAAAACUGCAGAAAUGAACUCGCCGUUUACUCUCAGUAGGAGCCCUUUUGAAAAAAAUGUUCAAGUUUCAAAACCUGAACCUACUAAAACUUCAUCAAUGCUUCAGCCUGCAAAUCAGCAAGUUAUAUAUAAUAAAUCAGAGCCAUUCAAAUUUGGUAAUGUAUAUUCUUCACAAAAUUUGAUGACUUCUCCUUCAGCUCCUGAAAAUUUUUAUGCUUCAAAUGCACCUGUUUAUGAAGAUAUUACUCCUCCAGAUUCACCAUCACCAACAUGCAAUGUGAAUCAAAACAUUCCUACUCAAAAUGAUGGAAUAUCAAUGCCUAAAGAACAAGAAAGAAUAGUACCUCAGUCUUCACCUAGUUUCUUUUCAGGAAAAAAUAUUUCAUUCUCAAGUGCUUUUAUGAAAGAAACUCAAGUGACUUCUAAAAUGGUCUCAAAUCCAGUCUCCCCCUUUUCAACAUCAGUUGUAGCUCCUCAAGCUCAAAGGUUUAGCGAGUCUUCCUCAUUUACUAAGACUAACUUGCCUUUCUCUGUAAGCAAUUCUUUGAUAAAACCUCCUGCAAGUUCUGUAUCGAUGGAUGCUGUGAUUAGCUCUUCACUUCCAAGCCAUGUUUCUUCUCUUUUACAAAAAACAGAAAAUAACACAAGUGUAUCUAAUACUGUACUAGUUACAAGCCCAGUUCCUGUGCCUGGUAGUAUUGGUAAUGUCACAAAUAAAACUUCUUCAUUUUUUGAUAGUGUUUCUAAAAACGUGCAAGCAUUUCCUCCUAAAUCAAAUUCUCAAGAAGGACUCAAGCAUAAUAUUUUAAGCAAAGUCUCCAGUGAGAGCUCAGCUUUUCAGUUUGCUAAUAAAGAUCAGUCUUCAAGUUUGGAAUCAGUCACAUCUAAAAAUAAGGAAUCGGUAGCAGGUGCAUCUCCUUUUACUGGCUCUGUAUUCUUUUCAAGUGCUGCAGAAAAAUCAAAAGCUGAUGCAACACAAGCUUCUACCUUUUCAUUUUCAUCAGGUUCCAAAGGAUCAUUUUUGGGAUCGUCUAAUACAAACAAAACUUCCUUCUUUGGAAAUACAAGUGUUUUUUCAAAUUUUCAGCAGCCUGCUAAACCAUCUAGUGUAGAAAGUGACAAAAAGGAAAAUAUUAAGCCUACUGAAAGUCUGCAUUUGGGGACUGCAGUUGUAGUCACAACAGCAUCAAGUAUUUUUCCACCAGUUACUAAACAAGAAGCUUCAGCAGUAGCAAGCAAUUUUAAGUUUUCAUCAGGUUCUGGGACAACUGGAGAACAAAUACAGAAUUUAAAAGAUACUGUCUCAAGACCUGCUCCAAGCCAAUCUGAAAGCUUUAGCACAUUUUUUGGUAAUAGGACCGGAAAUUUUGCUGAAGAUACUUCAUCAAACUCUUCUUUGUUUUCUGCAGAAGUUACCAUUAGUGCGCUUCCUUCUUCUGUAGCCCCUACAGACACUGAAAAUAAUGCAACAUUGCGAGUUCAACAGUUUGUAAACACUACCUCAGAGGAUGCAGCAGUUACAGGUUCAGAAGUUUCUUUAGAAUUUUCAAAACCUAUUGCUAUUGCACCUAAUGAACCUUUUGUGAAAUGUGCUGAACCAGCUCCUGCAUCUGUUUCAGCUACUUCUGUAUUAUCUGGACAAACACCAAGUUCCAUUUCAGUUACUUCACAAUCAGUAGCAAGUGUAACAUUGCCAGAAACUGCACCCCAAGCAGCUGCUUGCAUUGAGGCUGUGGAAGUUUCUACCAGUGCUCCUACUAUGAUUAAGACUUCAUCACCUAAAAUUGUUGAUGUCUCUUCAAUUGAUUUGCCACCCUCUUCCCUUCCAGUAGUUUCGGCUUCUGCCUCUCCAUAUUUUUCUAUUCUUACUACAAAUACCACUUCAUCUUUAACAAGUGCAACUACUUCAACAUCUGCCACUACUGCUGCUUCACCAGUUGUAACUACUUCAGCUUCUAUUGUUGCUUCUACUUCACCAAGCAUUAUAACUACUUCAGCUUCCGUAGUUGCUCCAACUUCAUCAUUCGCACCCCAAGUUCCUCCGACUACUGCGACUUUCAUUGCAUCCAAUGUAACUUCACAAGCUUCUACAAUUGUUUCUUCAGCAGCUUCACAGAUUGAAACAACUAAACCUUCUUUAGUUUCAGAAAUAGUUUCUUCACCAGCUGUAACAGCUCCUACAUCAUCUUCAUUUUUUGCCCAACCAGCUGUAACUUCUACAACAGGAACCACUUUGGUUUUUGGCACAAGUGCAACAACAGCAGCUCCAUCUUUGUUUGGUCACACAAAUUCGCCUUCAGAUUUUUCUCAAACAACUAGUGUUAGCUCAUUCAGUGCUGCCACAACUUCUCCAUCAUUAUUUAGUCAAAAUUCCAAUUCUGCAUCGUUAUUUGGUCCACCAGCUACGACUCAAUCUUCAAAUUCCAACUCUACAUCUUUCUUUGGGUCGCCAGCUACAACUCAAUCUUCAUUUUUUGGAAAAGCUGGUGAUACUUCCAUGUUUGGGCAAGCACCAGUGACUCAACAGUCAUCAUUUGGCCAACAACCUGGACCUUUUAAUCAGGGUACAUCAACCUUUUUUUCUCAACCAUCUUCAAACCAGUCUCCUGGCUUUGGCAAUGAUGCAACGAAUGAAAGCUCAAGUUUUGGCAAUCAGUCAUCUAAUUCUGGAUUUUUUGGAAAACCUGUUUUUGGACAAACUGCAAGUUCAUUUGGAUUAGCAAAAUCAGUUUUUGGGCAGACUACUGCAUUCCCACAAGCUGCUGCUACAAGUUCAGUCUUUGGAUCAUCGACUGGUGGUGGCUUUGGACAAGGCUCAUUUUUCAGUGGCCUUGGGGGAAAGCCAUCUGCUGAAAAUGCUUCCAAAAAUGUGUUUGGAGGCGGAAACGUCGAGAAGGGCAACACAGAAAGCAGUAUUUUCGGAAAUUCUGGAGCUUCUACAUUUGGGGCGAAAGCUGGUGGUACGUUCAGUGGAAGUUUUAGUGGAAGUGGAUCAGUGGCCCAAUCGGGUUUCGGAGCAUUUCAAGAGGCAUCCCAAAAACCUGGCUUUGGAUCUGCACCUUCGUUUGGAAGUUCAGUUGGUUUUGGAAGCCCUCCUGCUUUUGGAAGUCCUCCAGCAUUUGGGGGUACUAGUCCCCUUGGGGGUUCUGUAUUUGGAGGCCAACAAACAGCAAACUUUUCAAACUUUGCUGCUUCAAACUCCCCAACAUUUGGGUCCUUGGCUUCUCAAACUCCCAGCUUUGGCAGCCCACCACCACAACAGCCUCAAGGGAGCUUCGGACAACAAAGUAGCCCCUUUGGCUCUGCCCCGGUAUUUGGAAAUGCCUCCACUUUUGGUCAACAGUCUAGUUUUGGAAGCCCCAGCUCUCCUAGUGGAAGUUCUUCUGCUUUUUCACAGUGGAGAAGUUGAUGAAAACUUAUAUAUGAAUUCCUGUCUUCUUUUUUAACAAAUGUAAAAAUGUUGAUUGUUUAAAGAUGCUAUUGAGAAAAACAUGUUAACGUAUCUGAACAUAGUUAAAUAAA